CUCCUGGUACCGCUAAACAACGCCCGUCAACAAAAAAGGAUACCGUUACCACAACAAAUGUUUCUCCUGAGGACCUCGAAGGCCGACAAAGGAUCCAAGUACUUUAUGGUAGUAACACAGGAACCUCGGAAGCAUUUGCUCAACGUAUUGCUUCUGCCGCCUCCAGCAAAGGAUUCAAUGCAAGCAUCGCAACUCUUGAUGCGGCUACAGGACACUUGCCCAUUGGUGAACCUGUGGUUAUCAUCACUGCUUCCUUUGAAGGCCAGCCUGCCGACAACGCUGGACGUUUCGUCGAGCAGCUGAACGGACUCAACGACAAAGAACUCGAAGGGGUGUCGUAUGCCGUGUUUGGAUGUGGUAACCGCGAUUGGGCUUUGACAUAUCAGCGAGUUCCACGCUUGAUUGAUGAGUUGAUGGAGCAACGUGGAGGAAAGAAAAUCAUGGAGCGUGGCGAAGGAGAUGCUUCUGGUGCAGAAUUCUUUGACUCAUUCGACGCUUGGGAAGAACAAUUGUGGAAGGUAUUGGGAGAGAUAUAUGAUAUCAAGCCAUCUGAAGAACUGCCUCAAGCUCAUGGACUCGAUGUCAAAAUUGCUGACCCAGGCACUCAGCGCGCC